AUGUCUAAACCGCCGGCAAAGACGCAUCGCGGCAAGAACAUGAGGAAAACAAACCCUUUAUUCCUUCUAUACAUGUGCACAACCGCAGUGAGUAUUUCCUCUGCCUUUAACAUCGACUUAAGGCAGCCAGAAGUUUAUGAUGGAGACAAGAGGGAUUUUUUUGGAUUCAAAGUGCUACAGAUUGGAUCCAAGGACAAUAAAGGGAUUGUAGUGACUGCUCCUUUAUACAUGAAUGGGACUGGGGCAGUUUAUCUUCGCGGGAAAGGCCUCGAACCGCCUCCGUUCACACCUAAAGUUGUUCUUGUUGAGAAGGAGGAGUUACCCAUCAAGCACUUUGGGUUGUCAAUGGCCAAGGACAGGACACAGUCUCACUUCACUGUUUGCAGUCCGAAUGUGGUGAAAAUAUGUCAUGAAAACUCCUACAUGAACAGUGUGUGCUACAGUCUCUCAGAGCAGCUACAGCCACAGUUGGUCCACAGACCUGUCUAUAAAGGUUGCACCAAAAAGACUGUGGACCUCGCUUUUCUGUUUGAUGGAUCAACAAGUAUGAAGAAAGAGGAGUUUGAAUCAAAUAAGGAUUUCAUUGAGGACAUCAUGUCAAACCUUAAAAACACUUCUAUCAAGUUUGCAGCAGUGCAGUUUGCCACAGACUACAGGACAGUGUUCACCUUUAAUGACUACACAAACGGUGUCGCUAACACGUUGCUACGGAAAGAAACACAGAUAAAGGGUACCACCAACACUCACAAGGCUCUGGACUUUGUUUUAAAAGAACAUUUGAAGAACACUUUGAAUGGAGCCUCUCUCGAAGCAACAAAAGUGUUAGUUUUAAUCACAGAUGGAAAUCCAAGUGACUCAGACAAAUUAUAUGGGGCUAUCACGAACUACGACUCGAUGAACAUUAUUCGAUUUGUCAUUGGGGUGAAAGAUGAAGUGGAUGUGGAAAAACUGAAGGUUAUUGCAUCAGAGCCCAAAGCCAAAAACACAUUUAAAAUUGAGAACUACAGCGGACUAACAGAAGUGCUGGAAAACUUUCAAAAAAAGAUUUUUCAAACUGAGGGCACUACGGCAGCUCUGGCCGGAGACUUAACAGAGGAAAUGUCUCAGACUGGAUUCAGCGUUGCCUAUGGAAAAAACGGUCUGGUGUUUGGCUCCGUGGGCUCCCGUACGUGGCGUGGAUCUCUUCAUGAGAUCAUAAAUGAAACAGAGACACAGAUCCAGGAUUCAGAGCAGGAGGAAGACUCUUACCUGGGUUACUCUGUGUCUGUGGGAGAAAAGAACAAGACUGCUCUGUAUUUUGCCGGAGCUCCGAGAUUCAAACACAUGGGACAAGUUGUGCUUUUUACAUCAGCAAGUGGCAACUGGGCUCCUGCUCAAUGGAUCAACGGAGAGCAGCACGGCUCAUACUUUGGUGCAGAACUGUGCUCUGUGGACGUGGACUCUGAUGGCAACACUGACUUCCUGCUCGUGGGAGCUCCUCUGUUUUACCAGCCACAUCGAGCGGCUGAGGGCAGGAUCUACAUCUACAGGCUGAGCGACGAGAUGAAGCUGAUGAACCUCUUUAACAUCACUGCACAUGUCAUGGGGAGGUUUGGCUCGACUAUUGCCAGUGUGGCUGAUGUGAACGGGGACGGGCUCCGGGACGUUGCUGUUGGGGCCCCGCUGGAGAACCAAAACAGAGGAGCAGUGUAUCUGUAUCUCGGGGACAAGAGCCGAGGCAUACGCAGCACACACAGCCAGAUGAUUCUGGGUGAAGAAGUGCACCCUGCACUGCAGUUCUUUGGCCAGUCCAUAGAUGGCAGUGGUGAUGUGGGGAAUGAUGGUUUGCCUGAUCUCCUCGUGGGUUCACGUGGAUCUGCUGUAGUUUUAAAGUCCAAGCCUGUGUUCAACGUUAUCACUCAUCUUACUUUUGAGCCUCAUGAAAUCAAUAUUGAUCAAAUCAAAUGUCCGAGUUACACAGAUGACUUUACACCUCUAGUCACUUUAACCAUUUGUUUUGAAAUGUUUGAGGCAACAAAAAGCUCUGCAGGAGCCGUGAAGCCUGGACUGAACAUCUCCUACUCUCUGGAAGUCGACCCAAUGAGACAAACGUUCAGAGGGUUUUUUAAUUCAAGCACAAAAAAGAGAAAUCUCAUUAAAACAGUUGAACUGAGAGACAGAGAGACCUGCUUCAACCGCUCUGUCUACAUGCCGAAAUGUUUCAUUGAUACAUUGUCACCGAUCGAAAUCAACAUGAACUUUUCACAAGUUGACAGUGAGGACGCAGACGCUGUUCUCAAUGCUGACAGUAACAAGGAAACAUCUGUGGAGGUUCCCUUUGAGAGGAGAUGCCGCAAUGACACCUGCGUUGCGGAAAUUGAAGUGGAUUUUGACUUUAUGACUCCAUCUUUACUGGUGGCUGAUCAUAACUAUUUCAACAUGAGCCCUCACCAUCUACCACCCCCCGGACUGUCCUUCUCCAGGAUGAGUCUGGCUCAGGAUUCAAAGUCCAAACCACUUUUCAGUUGCCGUGAAGACAGAACAAAAAAAGACAGGACCGUGUGUGGCGUCAGUCUUCCAGUUUAUCGCAGCCAGUCACAGGCCAAGUUCAUGAGUGUAUUCCAUGUGAUUCGAGACUUUGAGUGGGCCGAGUCUUUAUCUCUGAACAUCACAGGACACAGCGAUAAUCAAAACUCAAGCAAAGGCUCUCUGGUCAAAGUCAUCCCGGUUCAGUUUGAAAUCAAGAUGACACUUUUGGUAGAAGAAGACAGCGUCACCUAUUUGAAUUUCACCACUGAGGAUCCUGCCCCAAAACGAGUGGUGACCAAAUAUACAGUUGAUAAUUACGGGUGGAGACAUUUUCGUGCAACCGUGACUCUGGUUUUCCCAACAAGACUCAAACACAACUUUGAAAUGAACAACUAUCAAGUCCUAGUCCAGGAGAAUACCACCAAAUGCAGAGAAAGUUACAAUGAGUCUUCUCCAUCUGAAAAUAAUAUUGCAUACUGUACCCCAGAGCGUGAAUGCAUGUAUAUAGUGUGUGACCCUUUUCUACUGGCCAAUGCAUCUGUGGAGUUUGAACUGUCGGGACAAGUUCAGUUCAAAGACCUCAGUCGAGAUAACGUUCCCUUCCUGAAGCGUUACACUGGAGACAACAAUGUGAUUGAGUUUAAAAGUUUUCUAUUUGUUACAUAUGACAAACAGAAGUACUCACUGGACUUUUACAAUCGGAAGCAAAGUGAAAGUUCAGACGACCACAGCUUCUGGGAUGAAAAUGAUCCAUCCAAGAAAUCUAGUGAGGUCCACAUCGAGCUGAUUGUUUUGCCUGAUAAACUUCUCAUAAUUCUGACUGGAGCUGGAGGCGGACUGCUGCUCUUAAUUAUCAUCACCAUUAUCAUGUAUAAGUUGGGAUGCUUCAAGAGAAAACUUCAUGCCAUGGUGCAAGAGGAGGAAGAGACUGAAGAGGUAAAACCUUCCUCAGAAACCGUGGACAAGGAUGAGGCACCAGGGGAGGACAAGGGGCUUCUGGAAAAACAAACGAUCCAGUCUGCUCCAACAGCGGAAGAAUUGGACAGUUAA